UAAGGUGCUCAACGAUAAAAAGGCGGGGGAACGGCAAUGAAGAAGAUAAACAAGAGUGAGAAAAAAGAAGCUCACAAAAUAUUCAGGCAUGGCUGCCUCUGCCUCAGCAUCACUCUCAUUCUUCAAUACCACUUUAGCUUCAUCUUCUUCUUCACAACAACUCUUUCAGCCGCCUAACUUCGUCAAUUUCCGCCCACAAACUCUCCCAAUCAUUCAAGCUAAGGCUCACACUCGCCGCGAAGACCGCACUGCCCGCCAUGUUCGUAUUAGGAAGAAGGUAGAAGGGACACCAGAAAGGCCAAGACUCUGUGUUUUCCGCUCCAACAAGCAUCUCUAUGUGCAAGUAAUCGAUGAUACAAAAAUGCACACUCUUGCUUCAGCUUCUACAAUGCAGAAACUUAUAUCAGAGAGCAUUGACUAUUCAUCAGGUCCUACAAUUGAAGUGGCACAGAAGGUAGGUGAAAUAAUUGCCAAAAAUUGUUUGGAGAAAGGAAUAACUAAGGUGGCCUUUGACCGAGGUGGUUACCCUUACCAUGGACGUGUUAAAGCCCUUGCUGAUGCAGCGCGAGAACAUGGCCUUGUAUUCUGAAGUUAAUUGUAACUAAAUUCCCCUUCCCGUGAGAAAAAAUUUUCCCCAGUCUGCUUAGUUUUGCAGCUGCUUUAGCAAAGAAUCGUAGUUGUAAUGUUAAAAUUUUUUUUUUUUUUUUUGGUACACUAAAUGGCAUUUGAAGAAGUAUCAUUGAUGUCAAUGCAUGUAAAAUUUACAUUUGCAAAGAUUGAAGCACGUUUAAUUUUCUUGUCAUGACUACUAAAUA